AUGGCGUGGACCCCACCCGACAUAACGCCGGCGUGUGCGCAGGCGCAUGCUAAUUUAGCACAAUGCACUAUAGGGUUCUCUUACCUUGCAUUACUGGCGCAUUUAUUUGGAAAUACCGAAGAUCAAAGUUCAAAACUGAAUGGUGAAUCCUGUAUGGAUCCUAAUGAAUAUUCUAAAAUAUCAGAUAGUUCAAUUUCUUCUGAAUACCUAGUUGAUCCUUAUGCCAAGAGAAGAGAAAGGAACACCUAUGACUUUAUCAUUGUAGGAGCAGGUUCUGCGGGCUGUGUCCUAGCAAAUAGAUUGUCUGAAGUAAAGAAGUGGCGAAUUCUCCUUCUAGAAGCUGGAGAUGAAGAACCAAGUGUAGCUUCAAUACCAGCUGCGGCCCCUGCCUUAGCUACUUCUAGCGCAGACUGGGGGUUUGUGACUGAACCCGAAAAUAGGACUUGUCUCUCCCAAGUAAAUCAACGCUGCGUGUGGUUUAGAGGCAAAACUAUGGGCGGAUCCAGUUCAAUUAAUUACAUGGUGUAUAUGCGAGGGAGCAGAUACGAUUAUGAUGGAUGGGCUGCUGAUGGUAACGUUGGGUGGAGCUAUAAAGAAGUAUUGCCAUACUUCGAAAAAGCAAUCGGCAAUCAACGUUUUAAAUUUUUUGAGAAUGACAAGUAUUAUCGACCUGAAGGAUACUUAAACGUGGAAAAAUUCGCGUAUGUCGAUGAGGCCACGAAAAUUAUUUCUACGGCAUUCAAUGAAAAAGGUAUACCGCGAUUAGAAUUAGGACUAGAAACUAGAGUGGGUGCCGAUAUAAACCUCUCAACUUCUAAGGCAGGCAAAAGACAAUCUACGAAUGCUGCUUUCAUAAAACCAAUUCGAAAGAAACGGCAAAACUUACGUAUCAUUACGAAGGCACAAGCUACUAAAAUACUGAUAGACCCUUUACAAAAAGAAGCUUAUGGUAUUGAGUAUUACAAAGAUGGCAAGUUUUAUGAAGCAUACGCAAGAAGAGAAGUGAUUAUCAGCGCAGGUUCUAUUAAUUCACCAAAACUUCUUAAAGUAUCGGGUAUAGGCCCUCAAGACGAAUUGGAAAGUCUGAAUAUUCCUGUAAUCGCUGACUUAAGAGUUGGCCAUAAUCUUCAAGAUCAUGUAACCACUGAUGGUUUAAUAAUUUCAUUUCCGAAUGAAAUAUCAACCCUGGCAAAUGAAGAUGAGCUUCUUGAAGACGUUCAAGACUACUAUAACCAACCAAAGAUCAAAUAUGGCCCUCUAUCAACUACCAGUAUCAUAAAUGCUAUUGCCUUUAUAAAUACAAAUGGAUCACUUAAUGGUCCUCCAAAUAUACAGUUUCAUUUCGAUGGCAGACGUGUUGAUGAUUACUAUGCAGACCCAGCAAGUUACAUGGCGUCAAACAUAUUGCCUUUAUCGCAAUACAAUGGGGUUGGAGCACGUGCGCUGCUUCUAACCCCCAGAAGUAGAGGAGUUGUUUUAUUAAAUAAAACGGAUCCAGUAUUUGGCCCGCCAUUAAUUUAUCCAGGAUUUUUUCAAUACCAAGAAGACAUAGACACGUUAAUCGCUGGCAUUCUGUUUGCUGUAAGUUUAGAAGACACCCAUAUUUUCAAACAUUUUGGCCUCUCUUUUGUGAAAAUACCUCUUGAAGGAUGCACUGAAUACGAAUGGGGUACAUCUGAAUACUUUGUCUGUCUUCUGACACAUCACACAGCAACGAUUUACCAUCCAGUUGGGACGUGUAAAAUGGGACCUGCUUGGGACAAAGAAGCAGUCGUUGAUCCAAGGUUUAAUGUGUACGGCGUUGAAAGGUUGAGGGUAAUUGAUUCAUCCACUAUGCCUAAUAUAACGCGUGGCAACACUAAUGCACCUACUAUAAUGAUGGCUGAGAAAGGAAGUGGUAUAAUAAAAGAAGAUAACAGAAGCUGA